AUGAAGAACUCUAAGCCUGGUAGAUCAACAGAACAGUCCCCAUUGCGUCCGGACACUCAGUAUCUGAAAUUGAGUAUGGAUAGACUGCCCAUACUUGAAUCCAGGCCAGCUCAAGAUGUACCAACUAUACCCUCAUUUGUUCAUGGCACUGUUUUCUCCCAACUUAUUCCAUCAAAGAGCCGCUCCAGAUCCUCUCCCCAGCACAAGAGUUCCUCUUCCUCCACUGAACAGCACGUUUUUCUAUCAGUACUUAGUUCGCCCAAUACUAUCCCCGUGGUAGAGACUUCUAAUCAGCCCGUUCUAAGCCACUAUACCCAUCCAGAGCUGCCGCGGCGGGAUAUUUUGACCUACAACCUAACCAAAAUCAUAGUGCCUUUGAUUGUAUGCGUGGUGGCUACGGUGUUUUUCUGGGGCUUUUACCUGGAAAGCGUGCUUCUCCUGCAAAAGUACACGAUUGAAGCCAUUAUGUUUGAUGCGUUGUGUUUAUGCCUAUUAAUGGCUAGUUUAGGCUUGGGAGUGGGGUACUAUCGACACUAUUGGAAAAAGAAUAAGGCUAAUCGCACACCGUACUAUGUUUUUGCGUCACAGCUUUAUUUAACGGUUAGUGUAGUCUCCUUUGUUUCUCUGGUCUUUGCCACCCUACUAAUUAUGUGGGACUAUGCGACAAUCAGUAGGCGAGUUAGUAGGACUAUUCACGAUAUUGCUUUAUCUUUCCAGCCGGAUCUUUUUAGUUCAUUGCGGCCCUCGCGCCACUACCAGGCUAUCUUACUGACCCGAAUAAUAAUUGGUAUCACUUACAUUGGGGCAGUUAUAAGCUAUGUCGUCUCACAUCUUGUUAAAAAGGAGCACCCGGUAGUUGGCUUAGCCUGCUCUUUAUUCUUUGGUGCCCUUUGGCUGCUUUCACUUGUCUUGCACACUAUCUUGAUUAUGACUGCGACAAAGGUGAUAGCGUACGCCCAUUGGGUCACCUUUUUUGCAACAUACUUAUCAACUCACACAGGCACAAGCUUCUUCUUCUUGUUAUUUAUUCUUGAUAGCUACACUCGGGCCCAUUAUCAGCGCAAAUACAAUCCAUCUAAUCCGACUGUUUAUUCUAAUCUGAAAACAAUUGUUGUGUUUAGUUUAUGUGCCAUUCCUAUUUGUCUUUUGGCCAUCUUUCUGAGUAUCUUCCAUAACACUUAUUACUAUGAGUUUGGCAAGAGCAACACUUAUGAAGUAUUCCGCAAUCUAACUAGACAUACUUUGAAUCAAUAA